CGAGCAAGAAUGACCGAAGGGGCGUUGGAAAUACGAGUCGCCGAAUCGCUGUGACAAACAGACCAAACAUCCACCGGGAACAACCUCGAAAACGCUUCGAGAGAAAUCGGUAGACGGCCCUUUGCGCACCAACAACGGCUUUGUACAAGUCAUGAGUCUGCAAUAACCAUGCGUGCAACUCUCGCGCUACUGAAGCGCUCCGUCUGGAAAGGACCGAAUAUCGUCCCGUUACCCGAACUCAAACCUGCUGGCUCCGGCAAAAACAUUCAGAUCAUCAGGACACAGCAACGCGCCGCCUCUAUAUUACCGAGCUUUGUCGGACUACGGUUUGCCGUGCACAAUGGAAAAACAUACAACGAGGUCUAUAUAACGGAGGAGAUGGUGGGAAGAAAACUGGGAGAAUUCGCUCCUACGAGGAAACGAUUCACAUACAAGAUGUCUAAGAACAAAUGAAAAUGGAUAUCAACUUUGCUGUACGAUACCCGUUGCCUGGUCUGGGUCGGUCCCUUCGGCGUUCAAUUUGCUAGGUGGCUAGGUGCCUUGUUCAGCUGUGCCAUACCAAUGGCGGGCUUCACUUGUUCUCCGGAGAGCGCCAGUGGAAGGUCAUGGGUUUUCGCAAAAAGGCCGGUCUAACACGGGGCACUCUCCCUUUUUGACAUUCUGUUCUAUGAGAUUGAGAUUGGGAAUGCAGAACGGAACGAACGAACCUGGCCGAUGGAGUCAACCAUAUAUCGGGCCGAUCACGAAUGUCCAUCAGGAUCUCCAUGGAGCCAGAUUUAAUAUAAAAUCAGAGAACACGAACUGCAAACUCGUGAUUGGCAAUCUUUCAGGGCUGCUCUUUAUCGUCCUUCUAUGACUAUGCAAUACAGGCCAUGCAUGACAUUCAUCCCAGCCUGAAUGCCCUCCCUUAACUCCAUUCGCUAUGCAUUAAAGGUGUUCUCAAGUACA